AUGAAGUUCCAGGUCACUCUUGCUGCAGCUUUCCUGCCUCUGGUAGCCCUUGCUGUACCUACAGCUGAAGCGCAGCCCGCUGAGCCUGUUCCUGCUGAACAGGUGCCUCGCAGUCUUGAUGAAGUGAGCAAGCGCUCCUCUAUUGGCUGCAAAAUUGUCAAUUCCAGCUCGGAUAAGGUGAAUUGCCGCAGCGGACCUGGCACUAGCUACCCUGUCGUUGCAUAUGUCUUCCCUGGCACCACCUAUACUUUCAAUUGCUACAAAUCUGGUGAUUGCUACGAGGGCAACUGCACAUGGGACCGCGUCAAUUAUAGCGGCGGUGUCUGCUAUGUCAACGGCUAUUACACUAGCAGCGCGUGUAGUGCUGCUGCCCUCGGCAAAUGCUGA